AUGAUGGAGCAUACGAUAGACGUGGGCUUACCUCAGCAAGCCCCGGCUCCCAACGAAGAUUGCCCUGUCUUUCAGCUACCGAAUGAGUUGCUCGUCCAUAUAGUCGAGGCGCUGCCAGCUCCUGUGUUUCAUGGCCGGCGCUUCAAUGGAGCAUCAUACCCAGCCUUUGCGCUUUCGCACACGUGCAGAUUGUGGCGGUGUAUCGUGAUGGCUUACCCGCGAUGCUGGCGCUGGAUCCCGUGCACCAAUUCCCACUGGCUCGCCGAAGGGCUUCGUCGCUCAGAGGGCGCACUCCUGCGCGUCCACUUUGAUCUCAACUACUCUUGGAACUCUCCGGCGCCAGACUUGACCGGAUUGUCAGAGCAGGCUUCGAGGAUCGAAGCCGUUAUCAUGGGCGAUCGUCACGGCGGGCCUCCGCCUUUCGAAUGGGAGACUUUCAGUACCACCGGAGUGCUAUUGAGAUUUUUGAGAGAUAACGAGUUCCCCGCUAUGCGGGAGCUCAUUCUGGCGCAAUGGAAGAACCGUCGCCAUAUAAUAGAUCUACCCCCCAUUUUCUUGGACAAUACAACUCCCCUUCUGGAGCAUGUUUUCAUCUCCGAUACAAAUCUUAGACCUGGGCAAGCGUUUCUACAGUCGCCGCUCACGCAUUUUGAAAUGGCCAGGGGAUCUCCGGGAAGGUCGUUAAACGAUAUUGCUGAAUUCUUCAAAUCCGUACCGCGGUUGGAGGUGUUCAUCGCUCAUCAUCGGGUCUGGCUAUCCGACGCACGUCUCUUGGAGACGACCACCCAUCAUCCUCACAGCAUACCUCUCCCUUACUUGCGACAACUGAGAUGCGAAGGUGCUUUUGAAGGCGGACUUGCCAUUCUCAACCUGCUCGCGCUUUCAACGCGUUGCUCGGCGAGCAUCGCGAAUUGGAACCCAUAUGAGUUUCGGUGGAAUCGCAAGACAGACUGGUCCGUGGCGCUUGACAUUCUGUCAGCCCAUCUUUCGGCCGUUCCUGCCGCCGCGAUGUCUCAUUCGGCUUCGCAUAUUGAGCUCAUGUACCGGCGUCUCGAGGGUGACACGUCCCCGAACGAGGCUGCCUUGAGCAUGCACUAUGUUCCAGAGUCCUCCAAUGCCGAAAUUGUAUCAUUCAGAAUCAGGCUAUACGCCAAGGAUGAGGAUGAUGCACGUUCAUUCUACACCUCCACUCUCCGAACCCACCUCGCUCCGCAUCUCUUUGGUGCCACGCACACACUCCGUGUCGAGUUUGCGAACCCCGACUAUACGAACCCAGCGGACGAUCUAUGGUCAAGUCUGACCGAAAUGUCAGCUAUCAGGGCGUUGAAAUUGGCCGGUGAUGCUGGCACACUACUCUCGAAACUUGACAUACCCGACCACUCGCUGCGCGAGACACUGCCAGACUUACGACUUCUCACCCUGAGCCGAUUCGACUUCAGUAGCGAGCCUGAAGUCCGAGGUCGAAUCGCGGCCUUGCAGCGCGAUGGAGUAGCUUUGGAAACUUUGCGCUUUGAAGAGUGCGCUGGCGUUCCUCUGGAGGAACUUGCUCUCCUGCGCGCGUCGGCAGGUCUCGUUGUCGAGUGCGAGAACAACGAAGAGUGA